AUGAGUGUCAUCGCCAGUAGACCCGAUAGCGCUGCUAUGCCCUAUUCGCCAAUUCCUCAUCAAAAUCACGGUUACAAGGAUCCUUAUACAGUGACAGUGCAGCCGGUCUCAUCUCGCACGUCAUCAAUUUCCUCCUUUAAAUCCAACUAUAGUGUGUCGACAGCCCCGACAGUGUACUCCCCAAUCUCGCCUAGCCCUUCAUAUCAUCUGUGCGAUUCUGCUGCGUCUUUGGAUAAAAUCUUGGAAUCAAAGUUUAAACGCCUGCCGCUGGACGUGCUCGAUAAUGUUUUAAACCAACUAGAAUCGUUGCAUACUAGUUCAAAUCAGCAGGGAUGCUUAACAUGCUACCAGCGCGAUUUGCACGCACUGUCUCUGACUUGCCGGACAUGGGAAAAGGUGGUUAGACCAAAACUUUACAAUCGUAUCCAUAUCAUUGGCAACGAUUCCCCAGCCCAACUGAAGAAAUAUCGGAUGAAGCGAGGAAGCCGGUUAAAACUCCUUCGACGCACUCUCCGGGAAAGAAAAUUGCUGGCCAAUCUUGUCCUGGAACUUCGUGUCCCCCAAAUGGAUCUAUUGUUCACACAAGGGAAACAGAGCACCCAAUGGCAGGAGUACAGAGAUUUGGUAGCGUCUGUCGUUAUGGUCUGCCCCAACCUGGAACGGUUGUUGGGCUUAAGUAUUCCGUAUAACCACCAAUUCGAUCGGCUGACCCACGCAUUAUCUACACGACGAAAGCUGAAGGAACAUACAUGGCUUUUGGGUGAGGCAGUUGACGUUUCAGAAGAAUCGCCUCGCGGCACUUCCUGCCCUGGAAGUCUGGGACCCUCACAGAUGUUCGAGUUCUUGGACUAUCACGCCUCGUGGACAAACCUGGAAACCCUGAUGCUAUACGGAAUUAGCGAAAGCAAUGCCCUUGAGCCGAGCAUUUUUCUGCGCAUGUUCAGCCUCCUACCAUCGCUACGAAACCUGUGCAUUGCAAAUUUCGACGCAGAAGCCUUCGGGGAUAGCACUUUGCUAUGCUUGCCGCCAUUGGAAUCGUUGCGCCUGGAGAACCUGCCCGGCGUUACUGAUACAGGAUUAUCGCAGUACACGUCGCGCACUGAAUCCCAUUCGCUCAAGUCAUUGGCCCUUGUUGAACAAAAUAUUGAAUCCUUACUCGUGAUCUCGAAGAUCUUAACAUCCCUGCCGCAGUUAGAACGGUUUAAAAUCGUUCAGAAUGACAAAUGCCCCACGCUAAAUAGCGAUGGGAUUAUCUUCCAGCCGUUGUUCGCCUCAUCUACUCUCAAAUACCUUCAUUGGGAUGUUGCUUGUCCCAAUCCUAACACUGCCCUGACCAGGCUUGAUUAUGCUCCAUUUGUGAAACCCCCGAGACAUAUCAACACACCCAACUCUCAUCUCGCCCAAAGUAUUCUUUCGGACGGGUUUCCUCAGCUUGAGGCGCUCCGUGCACCAUCUGAUAUAGAGCCACCUGGUGUUCUGCAGGCUGUGUGCCAGCCCAUCCCCAAAGGGCAGGCUCUUCUUCAGCCCGAUCGGUAUAGUCUCCCUCGCAGUUCCCAUGGCUCUGUUAGCACACGACCAAUGGCCUUACCGGCGGGAAAUAACCUCACCUCGGCUCGGAUACGAGCUCAGACGUUCAUUGAUAUGGCUGCGAAGGAUACGGAAACUGGAAUGAGGGUACUCGUCACUGAUCAUUCUGACGGUUAUGUGCCAGACAAUGCCUUGGAAGACAUGUCAGAUGACGAUUUGGAGAUGGACAUGGACGACUCUGCGGAAUGGGAUUCACCAGAGCGGUCGAGACAUGAUAAGUUACCUGAGAAUCACGACGGGCCUGUUACCGUGUGCGACUUUAGGAUGCCCGCUUACAUGGGCCGAGUGGGCAGCAGGAGGAAGGGACGAGAUGUAUCCAUUCCACGGUUCAUCCUGCGCCCUGAUGUACAGGGACAAGAAGCUGACGGCGGCCUGGUUGGCUGGAAGCACAUACUGGCCUCGAACCAGUCCUUAACAUACGCCGCAGGAGUCGGGGUACACUGCUUCGGAAAUAAGGCCAACACCAGCCCACUCCCGGAGGAGCCUCCAUCUCCUGCAUCGACGACUGCCAGCCGAUUUGGCUUCGGAGGCAUCACCAGGAGCUCGACAUUUGGCUCGAGCCCCAACACUCCCAUGACACCCUCAACACCCAUGAGCCUCUCGUCGCCGACUGCACUUCCAUGGGACAAGGACACCUGCACCGGUUCCUGGAAUUAUAGCCAUAAAAACGGCCGAGAUUGGUGGUUCCACAUGGAGCGGGAAUGCCCGGGAAAUACCAAGCUCAUCGACGUCAAACAGCUUUUUUAG